CACCCAAAACCCCUGUUCCCCCCAAAACCCCCGUCGAUCCCCACCCACAAUGGCCGCCGCCGGCCGACGCACGCCGGUGACCCCGCGCCGGUGCCGGCGCCGGGGAGACCGCUGGAGCAAGUCCCCGCGGCGGCCGGCGCCGGCGUCCCCGCCGCCCCCCGGGCCGGACCCGCCCGCGCCGCUCCCCGCGGGGGCCGCGGUCGAGGUCCGCGUCGACGACCUCGGCUUCCACGGCUCCUGGUUCGAGGCCACGGUCGCGGGGUUCGCCCCCGCGCGCGGGCCGCGGACCCCGGCGCGCUACGCCGUCACGUACGCGCACCUCCUCGCCGACGACGGCAGCGGCGUGCUCCGGGAGCACUUCGCGCCCACCCACGUCCGCCCGCGCCCGCCGCCGCCGGACGACGCCUUCCCGCCGCGGUUCCGCGCCGGCGACAUCGUCGAGGCGUUCCACAACGACGGCUGGUGGUCGGGCCUCGUCUUCGCCGCGCCGGACUCCCCGGACCCCGGCGCCGUCGUCACCGUCGCGUUCCCCGUCACCCGCGAGGUCAUCCGGUUCCCGCCCCGCCUCGUCCGCCCGCGCCGCGACUACGUCGAUGGGGGCUGGGUCCCCUCGCGGGUCGCCAUGGCGGUCCGCCCCAGGCGGGCGCUCAGGGUCUACGCGGUCGGGGACAAGGUCGAGGUCCGGAGGGACCGGGACGCGUACGGCUACUCCUGGUUCCCCGCCGUGGUCACCAGGGUCGUCGACGACCUCAGCUACGUCGUCGAGUACUUCGAUAUGGAGGAGGAAGGGGACGGCGGCCCGGAGAAGGCCACCGAAUACCUGCACUGGAGCUUCAUCAGGCCGGCCGUCGAGCAUGUGCCCCGGGAGAGCGAGUUCCGGUUGGCGCCUGGCGCUGCCGUUGAGGCGUACUGCGAUGGGGCGUGGUCGCCGGGAUUGGUGCGUAGGGUCGUCGGGGACGGUGAGUAUGAGGUCAGCAUCGUUGGGAAGAAGGCGGAGCUGCUGGUGACCAAGGUUGUUGAAUUGCUAAAGCCGCAGUACAAGUGGAAUGGCAAGCAAUGGAAGAUCGUCACUGCUAAGAGACGGGCUAACUUGAGGCGGCGGUCUAUGCUUGGACAAAAUUUAAGCUCACCUGUUGAUGUGUCAUCAAGUUGUGAUGACUAUAAUCAUGAUCCUGAAUCUUCUGGAACCAAAAGUUCAAGGAAAGAAUUGCAGCAUGCUGUAUUAGCUGAAAAUUCAGAACAUGCUUCAGUCUCUGAGAUGGACACUCCUUUAUCUGCUUUAUGCAAAUCACCAGAAAGAAACCAUUCUGGUUCUCAGCUGUCUGAAAAGAAUAGUCUUCAAGUGAUUUCAGCGCCAAUUAAUGGCCUUUUUGCUCCAGGACAGUCAACACCACAAAAUGAAUCAAUACCAAAUAGUACCAGAGAAACAGUGAACAAUGAAGAAAUCCUAUCUGAGAUGAUGGAUUCUGAUGGUCAUCUUAAUGCAAGUGGUGAAGCCUAUGAUAUGCUUUCUAUUGCAGAGCUAAGAAAGAAAAUGGCUUCAGUUCGCAGAAAUAGUUCUGUCCAACCCACACGGAAAAAGGUGCUAGCUGUCAAGUCAUUGAAGGUGAAGAAAGGCAUAUCAAAGAGUAAAGGGGGCAAAACACACCCUAUUCAAGAAUUUCAGGGAAAAAAUGAUGCAUCAGAUAACAUUCAGUUGAAGGGAAACAUCAAUUUCUCAAACAAGGACAUUGUCUGUGCUUUGAGUGUCUCUGUGGAAGGCCAAACCACUAAAACACUGGAUAGAUGGGUGACAAGACAGAUUAAUAGGGGUUCAAGUACAAAGGCGCUUGCUUAUAAGAAAUUGGCUAAAAGGAAAGGGCGCAGAGAUCUGUGUAAUCCACUUAGCUCACUGGAUGUGACUAGUAACGUCGGGCUGAGAGGAAGCGAGAAAGUGCCAGGGUCAAUGAAAGAAUCUCCCUUAGCAGAGCAGCUUGACAAAACUUUGGAGAAUACGAUGAAUGUAACUGAAUUUUCAGAUCAGGACAUGUUUCCGAUGAUACCUCCUGGCUUUGAAUCAAUGCAUGAUGGAAAAGGUGUUGACAUACAUGGUAGUCUGGUGGAGGAAGAGCCGCUUUCUAUGAUCAACAACAUCAGCCAAGCGAAUAUAAAUGCUGAUGCAUGCAUAGACCAUGCUACUACCCAGGUAGCUAAAAGCAGCUAUCUUAUGGUGACAUCUAUCCUAUCUGUUGAUCAUCCAGUUCAAGAGGCUGGCAGGAAGGUGGAUGAGAGAUCAACCCUAACACGUGUUCAGAAUGCCGGCAGUUCAGUGCGCACCAUGGACAAUUCUCCAUUAAGGAGCUGUUCUGCUUCUGGGAGUUCUAUGCCUUCUCACUUGACUGUCUCUCAGGGUCACCAGCUUCCGUUCAUUAAGAAGUCAGAUAUGUGGCAUUUAGUUGAAGCAAGUGAUGUGUUUAAGGAGCUACCACAACAACCGCAUUUCCUUCCACUCCGAGAACUUCCACCAGCAAUGCGUGAAGUAACAGCAUUAGGUCUAAUGUUUGCGUUUGCAGAAGUAGUGAGGGAUGUAAAGAAAGCUAGCAAAGACCAUGACAUAGAAUGGUAUGAGGACAAGAUCAGUACACUGAGUCAUUUUGAGGGAAAUGGAUUUGACGUCCAGUGUUUACGGAGAACCCUGACUGAAUUGCUCCACAUCAAAUCUAAUUGCACCAGUUAUCUCGGAGAAGUACACAAGCUGAAAGCACAGAUUGUGGGGAAGAGAGAUUCCAAUUCCCGAGUUGAUGCACUGCUUGAUGAAAAGGAUAGAGCUAUAGCUGAGCUGGAGCAGAAACUUGGGCGCCUUCGCCAGGAAUCACAGAAGAUCGCGAAGGACAAAGAACAUGGAGAAGUGGAGCUCUUCAGACUCCAAGCGGAACAUAGCAGGUUUGUGGAGGCAUGCAAUGAUGCGGAGCAAGAGUUCCACAACACCUUGGCUCAGAUCAACCAAAAGAAGCUUACCUGAUGCAUGCAUGAGCUUUGGAAAGCCUCGAUGCUUCUAACUUAACAUUCUGUUGACUCAUGCUUCAGUGCUGUAGGUCCUAAUGGUAAUCCAAGUAUCGUUCAGCUUUGAGUGACCUAUCUAUGGUCGCUUGGUACCCGCAUAUGUAUCUGUAAGCUGCUCGUGAUGGCUGACUUAGGAAACCUGAUGAAAUGUCGACUAUUUAUAUUUCCUAAUAAUUGUACUAAACUUGAUGGUGGACCGCCUCCUCCCCGGAUCCGCCGCCGGCGCCUGCUUCUUGCGCCGCGGGCGCGUGGAGUUCUUGAGCCGCUUCGCCGGCGUCUCGUGUGGUGGCGCCGGUCGUCGCGUCACCGGCGUCUCCCUGCCGGGCCUCAACGUCUCCAACGCCCUUCGCCGACGUUUGUGCCGCCCUGCCGUCCCUAGCCACGCUGUCCCUGCCGGAGAACUUGCUCGCGGGCGGCAUUGUGGGUGUCGUCGCGUGCGCCGCGCUCCAGGAGCUCACCCUCGCGUUCAACGGCUUCGACAGCGCGAUCCCGGACCUCUCGCCGCUCACCAAGCUCCGCAACCUCAACGUCUCCUCAAUGUCUGAAUUUACAUUAUUUCCAUUCCCAGCUUCUCAACCAAGAGCUCAAGAUACACAUAAAGGCAAACAACAUAACAGAUCUCGGAGGACAUGAUUUCCUUUGUUCCUGUAUUAAUUUUUUUUUGGUUCCUGUCUAAAUGAGGCCAUCUGUAAUUCAGUUAGAAUCUUAGCAUUUCGAACAAACUCCUGCAUUCAAAACAUAACUCUGGCUCUACCAAAAAAGGGCCUUGUGGCCAUACAUUCAGUGAUCAGACAACUUGGCCAGCAAAGCUGGUGUUCAGAGCUCUGUUGGAGCUAAGUUUGCAUGUGGAGCCUGAAGUUAAUGUGAGUUGAUCUGAAUGUAUACAGUUUUUGUGAGAUGAAUUACUGAAAUGUGUUACA